UAGUUGAUGAUCGCACCACUUGCUAGCCUCACUUCGAGGCUCUCACUGCUUCCUGUUCGUGCCAUAGGCUCAACUCCUGUACAAUGCUCUGUCUUCAUGAAGCGACAAAAGAAGAUUGAUCCAGAGAUUGCGAAACAGCGAGAAAUUCGCAAAAGAAAACGUCUGGAAAAGGAAAUUAGACAAAUGCAGAAGCAUAGCAAAAAGCCGAAACAUGUUGAUGAGCUUACACUCGAUGUAAAAUCUGCGAAGAAUAUCGACGAACGACGGCGAGAACGUGUGGAACUUACUGAAGAGCAAAUUGAUGCUCGUGCUGUGUCUUUAAAGGAAUAUGCCCGAAGUCGAAACGAAUUGCAACGCAAGGACGACAAUUGGGUACGCAGUGCCCUGAAGGCUCAACGGAAGGCUUUGCUUGAACUCAAAAAAUUGGAUCCCGAACUAUACGAAAAGGCAGUUGCACCAGCAUCCACUUCUUUGCCUUUGGUCAUUCAAGGACCAGGAUUGACGCCUCCUAUUGAAGAUUAUCAGUCUCCUGAUGGGGAUUACAUUGAUACCACAAGGUCUUGGACAUGA